AUGGCCUCUGCUUCUACUUCGUCGACUCGACCACUUGUCAACAACGACAACGAUGCAAACACUGGCAACGAAUCGAAAUCUUAUUUUCGAAAAACAGUUUGUUUGCACGACUGGUGGUUGAUAAAUGCGGAACAUGAGUAUGAAGGGAAGAGACUCGGCGUUGCAGGUUUUACUUCUCGAGAACAACAAGCUAUGCGGGUGUUUGUCUCUGCACCAAUUUCGAGGAGAUAUGAUGUCUUCACCCUUGAGACCAUUGAUGGAAUAUGUGUAAUAGUCAAAGGCCUUAUAAACAAGGUUCGCACAGAAGAAAAUGGUUUUCCCUCCGAGGUCUUCAAUCAUUUUGUUUUUGGUUUUCCUCCUCACUGGGAGGAGUAUGCUGCCGAGAUUGUUGCAAGAAGUAACAGGGGUCUUGGCAAGUUUUCUAUGUGUUCAGGAACAGUCACAGGUGAGGGAGAUUCCUAUGAAGGAACUCCAAAAAAUAACGAGAAGGGCAUUACUGAAGAAAGGCAUGAUGACAGGGGCAGAGAGAGUGGGGCAGUGGAAGACAAUGAAUCUCCAGUUGGAGUUCGAAAAGUAUGGCCUUCUCAUGUCUUGUCUGGAAAUAUAGUUGGUGGUGCCUCAAAAGAUUUGACCUUGCAAAACCAGGGCUUUGCUUCAUUAACUAGUGCUGAAGUGGAACAUAGAGCUGAUACAUGUUCUGGUGUCUCUAAUAUUGAUGUUGGAAGUACAGUAGAAAGAUUUUCUUCAGCAUCAAAAGAUGAGGGUCAUCUGAGUUUCACAGCAGGUCUUGUGAACAAUGACACCUGUAAUAUGGUGAACUCUUCUUUAUCUACGAAUCCCGCCAGUAACGAUGUUAAUUCAUUAGACGUAAACAUAACUGUGGAACUGGAAGCGCCUAGCCAUCGCGUGCUAAGAUCUGGUAAGAAGGUAAACUUACAAAAAAAUGAGAGGAAAGUGAAGAAAGGGACACAUGGUAAUCCAAAAGGAAAUAAUUUAGAAAAUGUUAAGAAUCUGAAUGAUAAUACUAAAAUGGAUAAUACUAUGAUGGAAUCUCCACUGCCAGGAACUUCUGAUGUGAACAAUGCUAAUUCUUUGAAGGUCAGUGAGGAUGUGAUUGCAGAAACCUCAUCUAUGAAUGCUAGAUCUUUUAAAAGGUUGGAAGAUUCCAAAUUGUAUGGGAAGGACGUGGGGAUAGAAAGGGGAAGCAUCAACUUCUCUGCUGUUUCAUUGCUCCAACACCCUGAGAUGGCGGUGGGAUGUGUAGAUGAGGGUGUAAUUAGUGUCAAUAAUUCAAAGUUGUCUAAUAUUGCUGCUGGAGGAAUAGAAAACGAGUCUUUAUCUGGAGCACCAGUUGUUGAAAGCACUAACACUGAGGGUGCGGCUGGAAAUUGUCCGGAUGAUAUUGCCAGGCAACAUAUAGGGCUGUAUGGGUCAGAGAGGAAUAUAGUUUCUCCGUUCAUCAAAAACAUGUAUGCAAAUGCCACUCCAAAUAAUGACAAGACGGGAAGAAGUUAUAAGUUGAGGAAUUUGAGGGACCAUCAGAAAGAGAACCCAGUGUCUAAUUGGUUUUUAAAGUACAGAAGCAGAAAAUGCAAUUCUCCAUCAGGGGCCCCUAAGAAUCUGGGAGAAGAGAAAUUGAACACGAAAUCAAUUACUAAAAAUUUUGUAUUUGGGGAGGAAAAGGACAUUUUAGCAAAAACUAGAAGAAAUUCUGAGGGCAAAAUGCUGAGAACUUGCUUAAGCAAAUCGAAGUUGAAGCAGGUGGAUAGCCAAACAACAAAUUGCUUAUUAUAUAAUCACAAAAAUAAGUCGAGCUCUGUUUCAAUGGGCAGCUCUGAAGAAGUCAAGUAUUCUGUACCAGAUGGCGACCGUGAUUCAGGUGGCGGAAAUGACUUCAAAACUGCAGCUGUGAAGAAAAAAAGCAAUUCUAAAGGAGCAAGCAAGGCUAAAAGGAAAUUGGAAUAUGUAACUCCUAUCACUCGAAAAGGAAAAAGAGAGGCAUCUAUUGUCACUCCAGAAUCUUUCAAAAGAUCCAGAUCUGGAUCGUCGAGUCACUGGAAUUAAGGAAGGCCUGCACGGAGAACAGCCUUUAAGAGGGUGUAAAUCUGAACCUCUGCAAAAGCAAAGGCAAUGAGCAUGAAUGUGAGGCCGGCAGGGAUGGCUCUCAUUUACUUGUGAUCUCUCGAAGGUUCCAUCCAAUCAAAAGCUUGCAUCUGGAUCCGGUGGACUUCGAAGUUUGAAUUUGCUUCAAACAAUCUCUGUAAUCAUCUUUGUAAAGUAUUUCAUUUCUUUUUGGCUCUGAUAACAUGUCUGUAUGUUAAAUGCAAUCUUGUAGUAUAAAAUUAUCUAGUCAUAGGGAUUAUCUUCUAGUAAGUAUAUGCUUGUAACUUGUCGA